AUGCCCACUGUCCCACAGCUGAGCCUGCUGCUGGGCCGGAACUGGUCAAAGGCGCUCCAAUUGGUGGACCAGGGCGCGGUGCACUGCUUCCAAGGGGACGCCAGCGGGCGCCGGGUCUUCCAGGUCCACGGGAAGUCGGGGCAGCACAUGACCCUGCCGCGGCACUACUGCUCCUGCCAGGCCCACCACUUUGAGUGCAAGCACCAGCUGGCGGCGCGGCUGGCCUGGAUACUGAAGGCCUGCCCCGUCACCCCAGUGGAUGACGGGAUCCUGGCCAACAUGCUGCUGGAGGCGUGA